AUGCACGCGAAGCUUUUCUGGGAAAGUGAUAUCUUCAAAACGGUCGAAGCCGCGUGCUAUUCCCUCUUGAAGCAGAAGGAUGAUGCUUUGCUCGAAGAUGUCGAGAACGCGGUAGAGAUGAUCCGAAACGCUCAGCAUCCAGAUGGAUAUAUCAACAGCUACUUCACUGUUACCGGACUAUCUGACAGGUGGACGAAUCUCAGAGAUCUACACGAGCUCUAUUGUUUAGGUCACCUCGUAGAAGCCUGUGUCGCCUACGAAACGCUCACCAACAGCGGGAAAUUACUGGAACCCGUGACCAAAGCCAUCGGUCAUGUAGAUUCGGUGUUUGGAGCAGAGCCCGGCAAGCUACGAGGAUAUCCAGGACAUCAAGAGAUCGAGAUUGGUCUUCUUCGCCUCUUCGAGAUGACUAGAAACCCACUCUUCUUUAAUGUCGCCAAGUACUUCCUGAUGGAACGAGGCCGACGCGACGAGAAUAACGAAAUCUAUUUUGAUCUCGAGGCGCAUCGCCGUGGCGGCGAUCUUAAUUCCAACAUGUUUUUCGAGAUGAAAGCAUGGUAUCGGUUUCCGCGAGACUAUGCUUAUCACCAGGCUGACUGUACACUUGUCGAAGCCGACGAGUUGAAAGGCCACGCCGUGCGAGCCAUGUAUUACAUGAUAGCUGCGACCGACCUGUAUCGGCUGGAUGGCAAUGAACGAGUUAAGGAAGCCAUUGAUCGGCUUUGGCGAGACAUGGUUGACAAGAAGAUGUAUGUUACAGGAGGCCUAGGUGCGAUACGACAAUGGGAAGGAUUUGGUCCAUCGUAUUUUCUCUACGACACCGAGAAGCAAGGAACCUGUUAUACAGAAACAUGUGCUACUUUCGCAAUGAUCCUAUGGUGCCAACGACUGCUCAGAUUGAACCUUGACUCAGAAUAUGGUGAUGUCAUGGAGAUUGGGUUGUACAAUGGCUUUCUCGGAGCCAUCGGACUUGAUGGCACGACGUUCUACUAUGAGAAUCCGCUGAGAACAUAUACUGGUGAAGCCAAGAUACGUACGCCUUGGUUGGAUUGUGCCUGUUGUCCCCCAAAUGUUGCCAAGCUGCUUGGGCUUCUUGGGACGAUCAUCUAUUCUUACACCAGCAAAUAUGUCGCCAUCCAUCUUUACCUGGAGAGCUCAUUCGUAGUGCCAAACAUGGAUGUGGUAGUCUCUCAGACCACGGGCAUGCCAUGGUCGGGACAGGUCAACAUCACUGUUAAAGGCACCACUGGUCUCUGCUUACGUAUCCCGGGCUGGGCUCAACAUUAUACUUGCUCGCUGGAGGCAAGAGAGGAAAGAGGCUAUUUAUAUAUUGAACCUGCCCCGAACAUUGACCUCAAAUUGACUUUCACCAUGCAAGCGCGGAAAGUGUACACAAAUCCUAAGACGAACAAGGAUGAAGUGUGCAUCAUGCGUGGUCCUUUGGUCUAUUGCAUCGAGGAUGUGGAUAACGAUGUGGAUGUGGAUAACAUUCUUCUCCUGGACGAACCUUUGUCAGAUAUUGAGCCACAGCAGAUUGCUGGAGUUGACUCAGUAGUCCAGAUUCGUGCUGUCGGUAAAGAGAUCCUAGAUGACAAGCCAUCCUUGUAUCGCUUUGAGCCAUGGAAGCAUUCCUCUGAAAAGAAGUGUCUGACUUAUGUACCGUUCUUCCUUCGGGCGAAUCGUGGUGGAAAGGGAGGGAUGCGUGUGUGGUCAAAAUAUGUUCUCUGA